AUGUCGCAUCCGUCGCAUGAUCUGAUAAACAACCAUGAAAAAGCUGCAGACGAAGGAGACGCCGUUGCGCCCGUAUCAGAGGCCGCCGCAGAACAAUCCGUUGAACACCGCGAUGAACAAGCCCAACAAGAAAGACGUGAACGAAUUCGAGAUGAGGAAGAACAGCGAGAAGAACAAGAAGAGGAACGCUACUAUGAGGAGGGCAUAGCACUUGCAGAAGUCACGUCUGAGCCACCGGUGGAACGACGCGAGCAACCACCGGCAGCGGCAGCACCGCCGGCAGAGGCUCUUCCGCCAUUAUCAGCAUGGGGUACAAGAUUAUACACUGUUUCAUACCUGAUAUUCUUCGCGAUCUGGGGAACCCUUGCGCGACUAGGUGUGCAGGCUUUGACGACGUAUCCCGGCGCCCCUGUUCUUACAAGCGUGCUAUGGGCGAACGUGGGCGGGUGUAUUCUCAUGGGCUUUUUCAUCGAGGACAGAAAUAUUUUCCGUGAAGAAUGGGGCCGUCCUGUAGAAGAUGCUACAAAGCUGCAGUCUGGACAACAACAACCGCGCAGACAAUCGUCUACACCAAGCGCGCAGGAACGAUGGCUCAAGAAGCACAAGACCGUCAAAAAAUCGAUACCGCUCUACAUUGGCCUGACUACCGGGUUUUGUGGCUCSUUCACUAGUUUCUCGAGUUUUAUGCGUGAUGCGUUUCUGGCGCUGUCGGAUGAUUUGGCGGAUCCGUCUAUUUUGUCGACUACCGGCAGUUUGACCGUUGGUCGCGCGAAGGGGGAUAGUUUCAUGGCUGUCGUUGCGGUGCUCGCUGUCACUGUGGCAAUGAGUAUAGCCGCGUUCUACCUCGGUGGCCAUCUUGCGCUUGCGCUUGAUUCGUUGACGCCAACCAUCCCCUUCCGGUUUACGCGCAAGGUUCUUGAUCCUCUUGUCGUUUUAUUGGGAUGGGGCUGUUGGCUCGGGGCAGUGUUUAUGGCUAUCUGGCCACCGCAUAAUGCAUGGCGGACUAAUGCCGUGUUCGCCAUCGUUUUUGCGCCGCUUGGAUGUUUGUUCAGAUUCUAUAUGUCUCUUGCAUUGAAUGCGCGAAUCCCUGUCUUUCCCCUUGGAACGUUCGCGGUUAAUAUUAUAGGGACGGGGGUGUUGGGUAUGUGCUACGAUCUGCAGCAUGUAGCUGGUAUCGGAGCACCGCUCAGUUCAUGGGCGUUUGAUCCAUUGGCAUCACCGACCAGAGGAUCGAUUUUCCCUAGCACCACUGCUGAGUUGGAGGCUACUGCACGCUCGAUUUUGGUGUCAUGUCAAGUACUGCAGGGUGUGAUGGAUGGUUUUUGCGGCGCGACGACGACGAUAAGCACCUGGGUUGCUGAGUUGACUUCCAUUGGGCUUGGAACGUCGAGACGACGGCGGUUUGCAUGGGCGUAUUUGUAUGCUGCUGUUAGUAUGGGAGUUGGAUUGGGCUUGUUGGUUGUUGUUAUGGGCAGUGUGAGAUGGAGUCGUGGGUUUGACAAGCCUUACUGUUGA